AUGACCCGGGACCGAAAUAGAAAUCGUCGUCGAACAAAGAUAAGCGAGCCACGCGAGGUCCUUUACGUGGCGCGUAUUUGGCGCGGCCCUCACCUGCCGCCAGGUGAGGGCGCGGAGAGGGCAGCUGCGCGCCGACAGAUGCGGUCUAGAUCCGCGGAUGUGUGCGCCCGCCUUUAUGCGCCGAUAAAGCCGCGCUCACAUCCGCCGCAUCCGCGCAGCCGCACGCGGCCGGAAUCCGCGAUUGUUUCGCCACGCGAUCGCUUCCCGCGCAUUAUUAGGAGACGGAAGCGCGAAACUAUGCACGCCCCAUUGUCCACCAGGCGUUCGGCGCAAACGGAUCCACAGCGGAUUCGCUCAGUCCUCUUUGACCGGGGCACAUCUGUAUCCUGGUUUGCGUGCGCGGAUCUCGUUUCCUUCUUCGUCCAU